GGAGAAAUAUCAAAAACUAAGACUUUAUUCUUUCAAUACGACUUGAAGACGCCAGUGGGCUGUAAAAAUGUAACCGUCUCCAACCACCCAACCAUGGAAAACCGACAAUAAACCAUGAAAAAUAUUUACCCCGAUCACAUUCGGCAAAAUCACGAGGUCACCAAUGCAAUCUACCAGUUCGACAUCAACGAAACCGCGUUGAACAUCUCGUUCCACUACGCGACGAACGGGAAUGUCGCGUACAACGAAUCGGACUGGGGUCCGAAACGCGACCCUCUGUACAUAGUCAUACCCAUCAGCUUAAUCUACGUGUUGACAUUCGUGAGUGGCGUACUGGGAAACAUCAGCACAUGCAUUGUCAUAGCCAGGAACAAGUCCAUGCACACUGCCACGAACUACUACUUGUUCAGCUUGGCCAUUUCGGAUUUACUGCUGUUAAUUUCGGGACUGCCGCCCGAAAUUUACGCCAUCUGGUCCAAGUACCCGUACAUAUUCGGCGAGGCGUUCUGCGUCCUGCAAGGCUUCGCGGCCGAAACGUCCGCGAACGCCACGGUCCUGACUAUAACGGCCUUCACGAUGGAACGUUACGUGGCCAUAUGCCAUCCGUUCCUGUCGCACACGUUGUCGAAGCUGAAUCGUGCCAUCAAAUUCAUAAUCGCCAUUUGGAUAUUGGCAAUGUGUCUGGCCGUGCCGCUGGCUAUGGCUUUCGGUGUCGUUUGUGCACAAUUGGCAGACGGGAAUUUCAGUGAUGAACAGUGCAUUUGCACGGUGAAACGGGUUGUGAUGCCGCAUGCCUUCGAAAUAUCCACGUUCGUUUUUUUCAUCGCACCAAUGUCGCUCAUCACGGUGCUCUACAUUCUGAUCGGCCUGCAGUUACAUCGAUCAACGGUAGGACCCUCCAGAGGGAACAGUGUUAAAUUGAAACAUCGUGUUUAUAAGCCGGUAACGAGUUGUUCGAAUCCGAUGGCGCAGGCUGCUGUCGCGUUGAACGGCGAUGGGGAAAAGUUACAGAGCAAGGUGCAAGAAGAGGAGGGAAGGAAGAACUUUGCGAAAAACGCACAGGCCACAAAACACGUCGUUAAAAUGUUGAUCGCCGUGGUGGUGGCCUUUUUCAUUUGCUGGGCGCCGUUCCAUGCUCAGCGAUUACUGGCGAUCUAUGGUCAGCACACCUCUGCCCAAAUGAUACGGGCAUUCCAAAUUCUGACCUACAUCAGUGGCGUGUUCUAUUAUUUAUCCACGACCGUCAAUCCUUUGCUCUAUCACAUCAUGUCGCACAAGUUUAGGGAAGCUUUUAAGAAUACGUAUAAGAACUGCGGCAGAAAAGGACACCGCUUUCCUGGAGGUAGGUGUUACUCGACUUUAUCAACUCGGUCUUCGCAAGUUAACAGUCAUAGCAUCACAGAUUCUUACAGCCACCAGAGCACGCUACGGUACCUCGAUGCUGAAAUGGCACGUUUGCACGACUCUCGACGGCCACUGGUUGUUUCCUUCAGAAGGAAGAAGCUUGAAGUUCCGACGAGGCGUUCAAAGCAGGUUAUAAUGGAUGAGAACCUGCAGGACGCCUUGGAAACUCUAAGCAACGAAACCAGUCAGGUAUACUUACACAAGAUGCGCGAGAACAGCCAUUACAACAAAAUUCCUGUGCUCGAUGUCCUGGAUUCCAAAAAUUAUCACAAAGAAUGCAGUUUUAUUGAAAUCCACAGUCUACAACCGACUCAUAUAUGCCCGUUGAGUUCCUCGGACAUAUCGAGUUUGGGCAGCCAUUCCAAGUCUGAUGAUGUUAAAAUACUUCAGGAACUGCAGUUGAACGUCGAUUUGGAGAACUGCAGGGGCAAUAGGAUUUGAAUCGAUGCAAUCUUCCUGCAUUUGCAUUACUUAGCAUUGUGCAAAUUCAAUUCUAUAACAGUGGAAGAUGAUGAGGGUUAGAUAUAGUCGUGAGAAAACUUGAUUGUAACAAAAUUUGCCAUUAAAAAGCUUUUGUGUAGUAAAAAGCAGCGUUUGAAAUUUAAUGUUCACGAUUAGCCCAAUUUGAGUCAAAUAUUCUUCCAUUUAGGCUAAUUGGCAUUAUUUCUUGACCUUUAUUAACACGUAAAAGUAUCCAUUGAAUUGUGUUUUACGUUAAAGCAUAAUUUUAGCAAUUUUUGUCAUUAUUUCUAAUAUCCGCCAUGUUCUUUAUGGCCAACAUAGGUUUAGUAUAAUUUGAUAUUCAUUCAGUUGUGCUUUCUAGACCCUUUUAUGGUAGUUUUAUAGUUUUUUUAUGGCAACGGUAAGAUUGCCAAAUGGACAACGCAUAAGUAAUUUACAUGACAAAGCCAAAAUAAAUGAGAAAUAAUUGCGACUAUAUUUUAUAUUCAACCCUAAAUAAGCUAAAAGACUAAAAUGUACUAAGUGUGUUAAUGUGUUAUUCUAUACAAUAUAGUUUAACUACCGGGUGUUUAUUACAAGCCAUAAACUGUGUCAAUUUAAAUAGCUUAUUGAACAUAUAUUUAAAAUGUUCCAAAAGUAUAUAAUCAUGAAAUUUUAUAUGUAAAUUCUAACAAAAUUGUCCGUUUAAUUAAGAAUGACUAAAUAAAAUUUACGAAUGUAUUCAUUAACUUACUGGACUAUAUUUUUUAUAAAAUGUUUGUUACCCUCAAAGAUAAGCAUAUACAUUUUUAUGAUUAUAAUUUGUUCUUGUGUAUGUACCUGACUGCAGUUUUUGUUGUAAAUUGUUGAUAAAUAAAUGUUACCAAUCUCC